CCUGUCGCCCCAAGAUGGCGGACACAAUGAGCCGGCACCGCGCCGGUUGCCCCUGAGGCGGCUGUGAGGACGAACAGUCAGCUAGGCCCCACAGUCCAGGCAGAAGAGCGUUGCCCAAGCAGGAGGAAGAGGAGGAGGUGGCCCAACUGCCGGCCGCCCUCCCGCCGGCCCGGCGCCCGCCCCGCCCGGGUUGGCCCCUCGGCAGCCAGCCCGCUCGCUAGCCGCCGGGCCCCGCCCCGGCCCUGCGCCGCCACUGCCUCCAGCAGCCGCCGCCAUGAAGCUGACCGACAGCGUGCUGCGGAGCUUCCGCGUCGCCAAGGUGUUCCGCGAGAACUCGGACAAGAUUAACUGCUUCGAUUUCAGCCCUAACGGCGAGACGGUUAUCUCGAGCAGCGACGACGACUCCAUCGUGCUGUAUGACUGCCAGGAGGGCAAACCAAAGAGAACCCUGUACAGUAAGAAAUACGGCGUGGACCUCAUCAGAUACACUCAUGCAGCAAACACAGUUGUUUACAGCUCUAACAAGAUAGAUGAUACUAUUCGUUACCUGUCCUUGCAUGACAACAAAUACAUCAGAUACUUUCCUGGACAUAGCAAAAGGGUGGUGGCCUUGUCCAUGUCACCUGUGGAUGACACUUUCAUUUCUGGGUCUCUUGAUAAGACCAUUCGACUCUGGGAUCUCCGGUCUCCUAACUGCCAGGGCCUCAUGCAUCUACAAGGCAAGCCGGUUUGUUCUUUUGAUCCAGAAGGGUUAAUUUUUGCUGCAGGUGUCAACUCUGAAAUGGUCAAACUUUAUGACCUUCGUUCUUUUGAUAAGGGGCCAUUUGCAACUUUUAAAAUGCAGUAUGAUCGGACUUGUGAAUGGACAGGACUUAAGUUCAGCAAUGAUGGCAAGCUCAUCCUCAUCUCUACCAAUGGCAGCUUCAUUCGUCUUAUCGAUGCAUUCAAGGGAGUGGUGAUGCAUACAUUUGGGGGUUAUGCCAACAGCAAAGCUGUCACACUGGAGGCUUCAUUUACUCCAGACUCUCAAUUUAUUAUGAUUGGUUCAGAGGAUGGCAAGAUCCAUGUUUGGAAUGGAGAGAGCGGUAUAAAAGUAGCUGUGUUAGAUGGUAAACACACCGGCCCCAUUACCUGUUUGCAGUUCAACCCCAAGUUCAUGACCUUUGCCAGCGCAUGUUCCAACAUGGCCUUCUGGUUGCCCACCAUUGAUGACUGACCCUGAUGCUGCUCGGCUAUUUCUGUACAGUGAGGGUGGGCAGUAGGAGAAAACUCAGAGGGGACUGAGAUAAUAGUGGGAUUGGAUCAUUGGACUGGGCUGGAGAACAUCCUUUCACAUGGCCUUCCCAUCGAUGUGCUGUACGUCUGUGCAAAAGAAAAAAUGACUUUGCUGAGCUUCUUCAAAAGGACUCUUGGUGUAGCAGACUCCGUUGGGACUUAGCUUUUCUAGCUGUUACUGCACCAAGCCCCUCCAGAGGAGUGACCAGACUUGUGAUUAGGGUAUAGUGGAGCUCUCAAGACAUCUUCAGUUUUGAAUGUAUUUGCUGCUGAAAAGCCAGUGAAGUCGUCAGUUCUGCACAUCUCUUCUCCCACCCCCAUGAUGCAUGGGCAGCCAUGGUCUUUGGGAUGCCAGGGCAGCUCAGUGCCCCUUGCCCUCACCCUGCAUGUCUUGUUACUGGGUCUCCCUGUGUAAUUGUGGCAUUAUUCCACAGCCAUCAUGUUUCUUAGGUGCCAAACAUUUCAGAAAUAAGUCUUCAUAUAUUUUGGGGUCAAGAAAGGGACAGAUACAGAAGGACCUUGCUUGUCAGGAAGCUGUGCAGUUAGUCGUGUGAGGGUAGGUGUUCUGGGCAGGCCUCAGGCUCUGGGUAUUGGGUGGGAAAAGGCCCAAGAACCUGAAAGGGAGGAAAGAAGGGGUAGCAGGUGAGUUCUGGUGCAGUACUCCAUCAUCAAGACAAACCCGUGGUCCUCCUAGAUGCCUACUGAGCUUGGUGUGUACGAAAGCAAGGUGGGAGUCUAUUUUUGUAUGUGAGAUACAUCACGCUUUCCUAUGGGCCAGUAUUGUGAAGUGAGUCUGAGUUGUUUACACUGAUGCCUUCCCUGCCGACCGCAAAUUGUGUACAUAGUCUCCAGAUGAUACCACCCUUCUCCCCAGCUCCUAACUAGGAGCUGGUUCUAGGCCUGUGUUAUAUGUUAUAUUUAGCCUUUUUAUAUAUGACCUUUGAUUUCUGUUAUUUGUAUUUCAGCAGUGUGUGCACCUGCAUUUUAAUAUAUCUGUGCAUACAUAUAUGCAUAUGUGUAUGUAUGCACAUAUAUAUAUAUCUAUAUAUCUCAUUUGUAGUUUCUGAGAGUUCAGCUGAAGGAGUUAGAGUCCUACAGCCUGGGAGAAAGACUGCAUCCUUGCUAAUAGUGUUUGCCACAAGUGUUAGUGAGUCUUCCCUAUUGCCAUUUGCCCUUCGGGAGACUGAAUGAAGCAAAGCUUCUAGUGUUUGCUGUUUCCAUGGCAGCUAAGUGAGGAUUUUGGGAUGAUUCCCUGUUCCUCAAGCCGCACUUUGGGGCCCUCUCUGCAGUAUUAGCCCCGUUUUGCCCAGUGAUGCUUUGUCUGCACCUGUUAAUGUGUGUGACUGUCAUUCUUGCAUGGCUUCUGUGUCUGGCUUGCGGCAUUUGGGAUAGGAUGCUAGAACCAGAGCAUUUUCAGUUUGUCUGAGGCUUCUUUGCCAAUUACAGAUCACUCCCAUUUACCUGAUAUGUCUGCUUUCUUGCUGCUUUUCCUUGCUUUCUCUUAGAAGAGGAAGGGGCUCUAAUAACCAGGCCCAGGUUAAAAUGAGUUGCAGUGGACCUAUAGCCUUUUCCCCUGCAUGGCCUUCUUAGAGCAAACCGAGUGGCAUGUUAUUUUACUAAGUUCCCAAACAACAUUUAUGCAGGUAACACUCCCUGCAGAUUCAUAAACUGAGGCUCAACAAGGUUAUGACUUACCCAAGAAUAUAUAGCUGCUAAGAAGUAAAUCAGGCCAUCACUGCUUCUGUUUAGCAGCAGGAAUAGGCUGUGAAUUGCCAGCACUUUCUUUUUUAAGCAAUUACUUUUUGACUUGUUCCUCAAACUGAAAGUGCAAGAGGUACACAACUUUCCCAAAUGUAGACUAGAAUCUGCAGUUGCCAUGAUGCCACCUACUGUGUAGCUCUGCCUUCCCAGAGUGGGGGGCCUUAAGAAACCAAAUGAUCUGAGCUGUUACUGCCUACCUCUGGCUUUUCAGGGCAGAAAAUUCAUGAGAAGAGUAAUUGUUCAGAGAAUGCUUGGAACUGUGGGUUAACAAGAAAGGCUGCAUAACUUGACAUAUCUGCAACCAGAGCAGCCACCAACCCUGACUUGCCCAGCACCAGGAAGAGGAAGAGUAUUUUGGUUUCUAUGUGUCCAACUAAACAUGCCUCCUCAUGGCCUCUAUUUUUGGGCCCUGUGGCUGCAAAGCUGGCUCCUGAGUUGGGAGGAAAGGUAAAAGAUGCAGUUAGAAGUGACUAGAGAGGAUGUGGUGGAGGGGAUAAGGUAGAAGAGACGCUGAGAGCUGAGUGGCACAGGUGCCCUCAGAAGGGGCCAGAGAUACUCAAGCUCUCCUGGGGGGAGGGGCUGCUCACCACCUUCUUAAGAGUCAGGGCCAAAGCCACUGAUUCAUAUUUGACAGCAACACUGCACUGCUCAACCACCAGCCAGAGGGGUAUUUUUUUUAUUCCCUGUUGCAUUAUAAUUACUGCUUAUUAAGGAAAAUUUGGGAAUUUUACAAAGAAUCACCCAACUGCUACCACUGUUAAUCUUUUGGUGUUAAAUGUUCCUCUAGACAUUUCUGUGCAUAGAUUUUUGGUGUGUUUACACAGUUGUUAUUCUGUAUAUACAAUUUUAUGUCCCUUUUGUACUUAACAUAUAAACAUUUUUUUCAUGUUAA